AAACCAAAUGAGAGGACAUUGACUGGACGGUUGGGGGAUAUGAUGUCAGGGAAGGCUUUUUUUCUUCCAUAGUGGUGUGUUCGUUUGACAGAUGAAAUAGUUAUAGGACAGUUGACGUGUUGGGGUCUUUGUAGCACGAUUAGAAUUAAAUAGGCAUUUGUUAGUGAGUGGAGGGGGCUUUCACAGAGUGGAAUAGCAGACGCUAGCAGAGCAGUUUGCGGAGCGCUUGGUGUGUGGGUGUGUGUGUGUGUGUGUUUGUGUGAUUGUGUGAGAGAGGUCCCGCCACAACUAAGCGAUGCCUGGAGAUGUGGUUCCUCUGCUGGUGCUGCUGCUGUGUGUCCCGGCAGUGUGUGGAGCGUCCCAGCACAAGGGCUGCAUGCCAGACCCGGCCUCUGCCUACCGCUUCACCGGGGCAGUGUGCCGCCUGACCUACCCCGCUGCGGCUGUCCUGAAUGAGAAAACCACUGAGGUGAUUGAGGCAGCUUUCCAACACGCCAGAUACCCCAAAAUAACUGGAGAGAAGUCAAUCCUUCUCAUUGGCACAGUCAAAUAUGGCUUGGACAAUCUUGAGAUCCAUAACCUGUCCAUUGGUCGGAGCGAGUUUGAACUGCGUCCACCCAAUAGCAUUGGCAUGAAAAUCAGCAACGUGUCAGCAGUGUUCAGGGGAACACUUAACUAUGGAUACGGCAGCUGGCUGAUGAACAUCGAACAUUCAAUUGACUUUGAGAUAGAGUCACAUAUCGACUUAGGAAUCAACCCCAUGCUCUACUGUGGUGCGGGGAAAGUGGCUGCGGACACUUCUGACUGCUACCUGGACUUCCACAAGCUCAGCCUCCAGCUGCAGGGAGACAGCGAACCAAACUGGCUGAAGAAGCUCUUCACGGAUUUCAUCACAUUCACUGUCAGGCUUGUCAUCAAGGGACAGAUUUGUAAAGAAAUCAACAAGGUUGCGAACAUCCUGUCUGACUUUGUACAAGAAACAGCAGAGGCAUUUCUCAGUGACGGGAGCAUCAGCAUGGACAUAGGUGUCAUCGCAGCCCCUGUUAUCACCACUAACUACAUAGAGUCCUACCACAAGGGCCUGACGAACUACAACAACAUCUCAGCGGUUAUCAAUGAGUCUGUUUUUGAUCCAGGUCAGCUCACUGAAGACAGGAUGGUCUACUUCUGGAUCUCAGACCAAGUGCUCAACCCCAUGCUGGCUGCAGCCCACCAGGACCAACGAUUCCGCUUCGAAGUCUCAGGAGAUGAGAUCAUUGAGCUGUUUAAGAAGGAGCUUGUCAGUCCAGCACCUGCAUUUAUAGAGCAGUGUCUGGGGGAGAGUGUUCCUCCAGUACUCAGUGUGUGGAGCUUCUCCAUCCCAUUGCUGAAAACCUCUCCCAGUGGUACCAGUGUCCAGACCGAGGUGUCUGGGAUGCUCCAAUGUGGAAAUCCUCUCACACCCACUCUCUACUUCCAAAUGGGGGUCGAAGUGGUGGUCACCGCUUCAUACUCUGAAAAAAAGCUAUUUCUCCACGGUAACGCCUCUGAAAUCACUAUACUGAAGGCAGAGCUUCAACAGAACCAACAGCUGCUAGAUGCAGUGCAGCAAGAGUACUUAAGAGAGGCUGUGGAGAAGAUUGGCAUCCCAAAGAUCUUGUCUGUUCUAGAGCCUGAGCUGACAAGGCUGUUGGACAAGCAGGGAGCCAACUUGUUUGAUAUUGUGAACCCUGAAGUGCUUCCUCAGAACGGAUUUGUGUUGAUCCAGAUGGACUUUGGUUUCCCACAACAUCUCCUGGUUGAAUUCCUCCAGAAAACUCUAGAAUAACAACUCUGGAGUUCAUUUUAAUAAACCAAACUAACUAAAGUGAAUUUUAGGGAUGUUUUUUAUAGGACACGUGAGCUACAUGUCAUUGAUUUGCAGUAAUGGAAAUUCUUUAUCAUGAUUGUUUAAAUUAUGAUUUACUUUAAGGCUAUGAAUCUAAGUAAAUAUAUUGUACUAAGUGCAGGGUUUAUUGUAUCCCACCCAAUCAGUCCGUCUUCAUAAAAAAUACUUAUUUUAA